AUGCAGUGUCCGUCGGACAGGAAGAUAUCGUUAGCAGUUUUUCUGUUAGAUGGGGAAGCAGAGCGCUGGUGGAUAGGCCAGCAGGAGGAGAAAUUCCAAGGGAAGCUAAAUUCUUUGAUUACUUGGGAAGAAUUUUCUGAGGUAUUCCGAUCGUGGUUUGUACCCCCUUCUGCACAACAGCAGAUGCAGGAGACUUUUCUGAGACUUGUUCAGGGAAGCAGGACUAUGAUGCAGUACGAGGCCGAGUUUACUACUUUAGCCAGAUAUGCUCCGCAGUUGGUGAGUACUUCUACCGAGAAGUGCUAUCAAUUUCUGAGGGGACUACGAGAUAGCCUGAGGCAACCCCUAGUGCCUUUUCACAUUUCGGAUUUCUCUGAGCUGGUGGAGAGAGCUCGUUAUAUAGAGAAUGAUCUGAUGGCUACUCAGCAGCGGUGGACUGCGAGUAGGAAGAGGUUCGGGGGUGAUACUUCUAGCAGUGGUUCCUCUGGCAAGAGGAGAUUUAUUUCCGGAGACUCCAGGAGGAGUGGACAGUCAGGAUUUUCUGGUACUGCUACUACCAGUACGACCAGUUCUGGAUCUAUCAGUGGGGCACCUGUGUGCCAAAGUUGUGGACGACGAUAUUUUGGCCAAUGCUACAGGAUGACUGGAAGGCCGAGGACUGUUCCUCCAUGCAAUGUGAUUGAAGGAUCCUCUGGUAGAGGUGGUGGGUCGAGUUCUGUGGCACAGAGACCACCUACUAAUAUCAGAAGAAUGUGGAAGAAGGGUUGCCCUGUAUUUUUGGCUUCUAUACGGAAUAUGAACCUAGAGGUGGGUUCUAUUUCUGAUAUACCAGUUGUACGGGAGUUUUAUGAUGUAUUUCCUGAGGAGUUGGUUGGUUUAUCUCCGGAUAGAGAUGUUGAGUUCUCUAUUGAUGUUUUUCCGGGUACAGCUCCGAUCUCGAAAGCUCCGUACAAGAUGGCACCGAAUGAACUUUCUGAGUUAAAAGUUCAGCUCUAG